AUGGAGCAGGAGCUCGCCAGGCAACUUGGGGUUAGCGGCGUUCUUGACCCGUUGUGUUUGCAGUACAGUGCGGGAGAGCGACGCGAUGAACGUGAUUCGGAAAGGGUAGCGGUGCAAGUCUCCAGUGCUGAAGAAAAUGCAUCCGCAUUUUCGAUGGCCGACGUGCGUACAGUCAGCCGGUUAUCGCUCCCUAUCCAAUCGGUCGAUGUGAACGAGUUGAAGCGGAAAUAUAAGCAUUUGGAGGCGAUUCCAGCUGCCUCGUAUGAGGCUGUUUCUCCUCGUUUACUAAUCGGUAUCGACCAUUACAGAUUGACCAGACCUUUGAACACUAUAGAAGGACAGCCAGGACAACCUACAGCUACGAAGACGCGUUUGGGAUGGCUCAUUUUUGGCAAAUGCACGGAUAACGCUAACGACACAUCCAUUGUGCAGCCGGAGUCUAGCUACCACGUAUGCGAUUGCCAAGGAGAGACCUCGCGGGCAGAUCGUAUGAUGGCAGCGUACUUCGAAGUGGAAGGUUAUGGUCCUGCGAAGGAGCCUUUGUUGUCGAAGGAGGAUCAACGUGCGAUGUCGAUUCUGCAAAACAACACAAAACACGUCGACGGGCGGUACACCACGGGCUUACUCUGGCGGAGCGACAACGUUUUCAUGCCGGAAAACCGUCAAAUGGCUCUAUCUAGGAUGGAGUGUCUGGAGCGUAAGAUGAGCCGAGAUACGAGCCUUGCGGAGAAAAUUAACGCGAUACUAGAGGACUACUUGAAAAAGGGCUAUGCCAGACCGAUAAGAGAGGAUGAGCUGAAAACCUUCUACCCUAGGAAAUGGUAUCUUCCAGUGUUUCCAGUGACAAAUCCUAACAAGCCUAAUAAAGUUAGGUUAGUAUGGGAUGCGGCAGCUGAAGUUAGAGGUAUCUCGCUGAACAAGAAGCUGCUGACUGGGCCUGACCUGUUGACGCCGCUGCAAGCCGUGCUAUUCCGUUUCCGUGAAUAUCGAGUCGCGGUGGCAGCUGACAUCCGGGAAAUGUACCACCAGGUACGCAUUUGCGAUGAUGACGUCCACAGUCAACGGUUCCUAUGGAGAUGGGGAAACACAAAUGCAGAGCCGCAGGAGUUUGUCAUGCUGAGGAUGACCUUCGGUGCAGCAUGCUCUCCAAGUACGGCGCAAUUCGUAAAGAACGAGAAUGCGGAGAAAUAUCGUUCCCUGUACCCGCGUGCAGUUCGCUGUAUCCAUGAAGAACAUUACGUGGAUGACAUGCUUACAAGUGUGGAAACGGAACCAGAAGCGAUUGAGCUGGCGUAUCAGGUGAGCGUAAUACACAAUAAUGCUGGAUUUUCUCUCCACAAUUGGCUCUCAAAUAGCAUCAAAGUCGUGACAGCGGUAAAAGGCACUGAGUCAACCCUCAAGGAAAUGGAUUUCGAACCGUGUCUAAAGCCAGAGAAGGUGCUGGGAAUGUGGUGGGACACCACAACAGAUAGUUUCGGCUUUAAACUAUCCCGUGUAAGACACCUGGAGCUGGCACGCAAGGACAAACCACCGUCCAAGAGGCAGAUGCUGCGGACUUUGAUGUCGAUCUACGACCCGUUAGGUUUGAUCGCAGGCGUGCUUUUUUAUUUGAAAGUACUUCUUCAGGAAGUCUGGCGCCUACACCUUGGCUGGGAUGACGAAGUUCCGGAAGAGAUCCAGCAUAAAUGGGACGCCUGGAUGGAACGACUGCCAGAAUUGGAAAGUUUCAUCAUACCACGUUGCUACCGACAGCUGGCGUCGCUCACCGAAUCAUCUCUACAGCUACACGUGUUCGUUGAUGCGGGUGCAGAUGGUUACGCAGCGGUCGCGUACUUCCGUUUUGAGUGCCAUGGACGUAUCGAGGUGUCGUUAGUUGGAUCCAAAGCUAGAGUGGCGCCUCUAAAGUAUCUUUCCGUGCCCCGCUUAGAGCUGCAGGCUGCUGUGAUGGGUUGCAGAAUAGCCUCGUCUAUAACUAGUGCUCAUCGAGAAACUAUUCGUGGAAGCUACUUCUGGACAGACUCGACUGAUGUUAUAGACUGGAUAAACGCAGACCACCGUAAGUACUCGAUUUUCGUCGCACAUAGGGUUGCUGAGGUGCUGGACACGACGAACGUCGACGAUUGGCGAUGGCUUCCAACUAAACUUAAUGUGGCGGACGAAGCGACCAAAUGGACCAACCUGCAGCAUCAUCUCGCCUCCGAACGAUGGUUUAGUGGGCCCGAGUUCCUGCAACUACCCGAAGCAGAAUGGAACAUACCUCGUCGAGUACCAUCGGAAACGUCCGAGGAGGUGCGGAAAAAGGAUAGGCUGAAGCUGGUCGGCAUCCACAUAGCGCGUCCGAUUUUCAUCGACUACGAGAGAUUUUCCCGAUGGACGCGGCUGGUCAGGACGAUGGCUUACGUGUGUCGGUCCGCUUAA